AUGAUGAUUUCUGAUGAUAAGCUGUGUCUUUGGAAGGAGACCAAGACGAUUGGUAUUAUUGGUUUAGGUGAUAUGGGUUUGCUAUAUGCUAGAAAGUUUUCAGAAGCUGGUUGGAAAGUUGUUUGUUGUGACCAAGAGAAGUAUUUUCAAGAGUUGUCAUUGAAAUAUGCUGCCGAGAAGUUUGAAAUCGUUUUAAAUGGUCAUUUUGUAUCAAGAUCUAGUGAUUUUAUUAUUUAUAGUGUUGAAGCUGAAAAUAUUGAUAAAAUAGUGUCAUUAUAUGGUCCUUCUACUAAAGUUAAUGCAAUUGUGGGAGGUCAAACCAGUUGUAAGAACCCUGAGAUUAAGGCUUUUGAGAAACAUUUACCUUCAGAUGUGGAUAUCAUUACGGUGCAUUCGUUACAUGGUCCAAGGGUUAACACUGAAGGCCAACCAUUAGUCAUAAUAGAUCAUAGAAGUAAACAGAAGGAUUCUUUCGAAUUCGUAGAUACUUUGAUGUCCUGUUUGAAGAGCAAGCAUGUUUAUUUGAGUUAUGAAGAACAUGAUAAAAUUACUGCAGAUACUCAAGCUGUUACUCAUGCUGCAUUCUUAAGUAUGGGUUUAACUUGGGCAAAAUUAAAAGUUUAUCCUUGGACAAUGGGUAUCAGCAAAUGGAAUGGCGGUUUAGAGAAUGUCAAAAUUAACAUUUCAAUGAGAAUAUUUUCAAAUAAAUGGCAUGUGUAUGCGGGUCUAGCUAUUACAAAUCCAGCAGCUCAUCAACAAGUUUUACAAUAUGCAACAAGUGUCACCGAAAUAUUUACUUUGAUGUUAGAUAAUAAAAAGGAAGAACUACGAGAAAGGUUAUACAAGGCUAAACAAUUUGUAUUUGGUGAUCAUACAGGGUUGCUGCUAUUGGAUAGUUCGUUGUUAGACAAAUAUUCAUUAAAUAAAGAAAAUGGAUCUACUGACGCAGAGGGAAAACCAUUACGCAAUUCGCAUUUAUCAUUAUUAGCUAUCGUAGACUCCUGGUAUCAGUUGGGGAUUAAUCCAUAUGAUCAUAUGAUUUGUUCAACACCAUUAUUCCGUAUCUUUUUAGGUGUUACUGAAUAUUUAUUUUUAAAUGAUAAUUUACUAGAGGAAACUAUUGAUAGUGCAGUAAAUGAUUUGGAGUUCCGUAGAGAUGAUCUGGAAUUUGUAAUAUCUGCCAGGUCCUGGAGUUCUAUAAUAUCUUUUAGUAAUUUUGAAUUAUACAAAACAACAUUCGAAGGGGCCCAGAAGUUUUUCGAACCAAGCUUACCUGAAGCCAAUAGAAUAGGAAAUGAAAUGAUUAAAACUAUAUUAAGUCAUUCUAAAUAA